AUGGCUGUCCACAUACUGCCGGGCUCUAGUGGCAGGUCUCAGGGGGGCCGCAAGGAGGCCCACCAAUUUGGCGAAGGAGCAGAAUACUCAGUACUCAAUAAACCUGUGGGAAAGGUGAGAGAUAAAAAGACAUUGGUGAUUGGGGCGACGGGGCAGAAACAAUAUCCUUGGACCUCUUUCUGGACUGUAGACAUCGGGAGAAAUCAAGUAUCCCACUCAUUUUUAGUAAUUCCAGAGUGCCUUAUGCAGUUACUAGGCAAAGACUUGCUAACCAAGCUAAAGGCCCAAAUAACAUUUGCCCCCGGACCAGAGUUGUCCUGGGGGACGAAGGCACACCGAACCCUAGUGAUGUCCCUACAGUUAGAAGAAGAGUAUCAGCUUCACCAAGAGAUAAAAAAUCCCCCAGAAGAAAUACGAGAUUGGUUGAUUCAGUUUUGUCAGGCCUGGGCUGAAACAGGGGGAAUGGGGAUGGCUAGACCGGCCCCUCCAAUAGUAAUUGAGCUCAAGUCUGGAGCCACACCCAUUGGGGUCCAACAGUACCCCAUGAACAAAGAGGCAAGAGAGGGCAUAUGCCCCCACAUCGAAAGACUGUUACCGCAGGGAAUCUUAGUCCCUUGCAAGUCUUCAUGGAACACCCACUUAUUGCCAGUAAAAAAGCAAGGGACCAACGAUUAUCACCUAGCUCAGGACCUUAGAGAAGUCAAUAAACAAGUACAAGACAUCCACCCUACGGUGCCUAACCCCUACAACUUACUUAGCACACUACCGCCUAAACGAAUGUGGUAUACAGUUCUAGACCUCAAAGACGCUUUCUUCUGUCUGAGAUUGCACCCGAACAGCCAAUCCCUGUUUGCUUUUGAAUGGCGAGACACCAAAAUCAGAAAAACUGGACAGCUCACGUGGACAAGAUUGCCACAGGGGUUCAAGAACUCCCCCACCCUAUUCGACAAAGCGCUACAUCGGAUCCUGGCCUUCUUCUGAGCUAAUAAUCCCCAGGUGACCCUGCUUCAAUACGUAGAUGAUCUACUGACGGCAGAGACCCUCAAGGAAUGCGAACUCGGGACCCGGAAAAUCCUGGCCGAAUUAGGUGAGUUGGGGUAUCGGGUUUCUGCCAAAAAGGCACAAUUAUGCUGGACUGAAGUAACGUGUUUGGGAUACACCCUGAGAGACCGGCAACGAUGGCUCAGAAAACGAACAGUGACGCAGAUCCCAAACCCAACCACCCCUUGCCAGGUAAGAGAAUUUCUGGGGACCGCGGGAUUUUGCAGACUUUGGAUUCCUGGGUUUGCCACCCUGGCAGCCCCAUUAUACCCUCAAACAAAAGAAAGAGGGAAGUUCAUUUGGACCAGGGAACACCAAUUGGCUUUUGAGACUCUCAAAAAGGCACUGCUGCAAGCCCCUGCCCUGGCGUUGCCCGAUUUGGAAAAGCCUUUCAUCUUGUACAUCGAUGAACAGAAGGGAGUUGCCAGAGGGGUCCUCACCCAAGCUUUAGGACCCUGGAAAUGGCCUGUGGCUUAUCUGUCAAAGAAACUUGAUCCUGUGGCCAGUGGGUGGCCUUCCUGCCUGAGAGCGAUUGCAGCUACGGCGGAAGUGGUGAAAGAUGCCAAUAAGCCAACCUUGGGCCAGAGUGUAACAGUAAUGGCCCCCCACGCCCUCGAGAGCAUUAUUAGACCACCAGAUCGUUGGAUGACCAACGCCCGGAUGACCCACUACCAGAGCUUGUUGCUGACAGAACGGGUAACUUUCGCUCCACCCACCAUCCUUAACCCUGCUACCUUGCUACCUGAGGCAGGCGAAAACCCCGUACAUCAAUGUGAAGAGAUAUUGGCUGAGGAAACAGGAACCUGGUCAGACUUAACUGUCCAACCAUGGCCUGGGGCAACCUGGUUCACAGAUGGAAGUAGCUUCGUGGUAGAAGGUAAUCGAAGAGCUGGGGCAGCGGUAGUGGACGGAAUAUCUGUCGUCUGGGCCAGCAGUUUACCGGAAGGAACAUCAGCCCAAAAAGCAGAGCUUAUUGCCUUGACUCAAGCUCUAAGGCUGGCAGAAGGGAAGGCUAUCAACAUAUAUGCUGAUAGCCAGUAUGCAUUUGCUACAGCUCCCGUCCACGGGGCGAUUUACAGACAGCGGGGACUGCUAACAUCAGAGGGCAAGGACAUCAAGAACAAAGAGAUUCUCAGCCUGUUAGAGGCUAUCCAUUUGCCCCGCAGAGUGGCAAUUGUUCAUUGCCCUGGACAUCAGAAGGGGACCAGCCCCAUCGAGAGAGGGAACCAGAUGGCUGACCAAACGGUCAAAGAGUCGGCACAAGGGCCAAUGACUCUAGUGGCUAGAGUUGUGCCCCAACAGGAGGGGGAGAUUCCCGAAAAAAAGAUCCUCACAGAAGAAGAGGGAUUGAAAUACCAUACACACCGCCUUACCCACCUAGGACCCAGAAAAAUAGUAGAACUGGUCAAAAAGUCCCCUUAUUACGUCCCUAAACUGCAGAAAACAGCAGAAGAUCUUGUAAGAAGCUGCCGGGCUUGUGCCCUCACUAGUGCCGGGACCAGUAAGCUCUGCGCAGGAAAGCGCUUGCUAGGAGAUCAACCAGGAACCUAUUGGGAGGUCAAUUUCACUGAAGUCAAACCAGCCCGGUACGGUAAUAAAUACCUUUUAGUUUUCGUAGACACCUUCUCAGGGUGGGUCGAGGCAUACCCCACCAAGAAGGAAACGGCUAAUGUAGUGGUUAAGAAGAUUCUUGAAGAAAUUCUUCCAUUCGGGAUACCUAAGGUAAUUGGGUCAGACAACGGACCUGCCUUCAUUGCCCAGGUAAGUCAGGGACUGGCCAGACAAUUGGGGAUAAAUUGGAAACUGCAUUGUGCUUACAGACCCCAGAGCUCAGGACAGGUAGAAAGAAUGAAUAGAACUAUAAAAGAGACCUUAACUAAAUUGACCUUAGAGACCAGCAGGGGUGAUUGGAUAGCCCUUUUCUCCCUUGCCUUGUUCCAAGUACGGAAUAUGCCUGGACUGUUAGGGCUGACACCUUUUGAGAUACUGUUUGGCACACCACCACCCCUGUUCGAAACCCUAAAAAGCUUGGCGCGUCCUAAUGACAAUUUUGUGGCUUCUACCCUUCUUUUAGCCUGUUUGAAAGCUCUAGAGGUGGUCAGGCGAGAAAUUUGGGAACAGCUGAAGGACACUUACGCCGCUGGGGACCCCUCUGUUCCUCAUCAUUUCGAGGUUGGAGACGCCGUCUUAGUAUGGAGACACCGAGCUGGAAACCUUGAGCCGCGGUGGAAGGGACCCUACCUGGUACUGUUAACAAUCCCAACUGCCAUCAAGGUAGAAGGAACUCCCGCUUGGGUCCACGCUUCACAUGUAAAAAGGGCUCCUCCUGAGGCUCGUCAAAAUGAGUGGAUCUUGGAAAAGACUCAUAAUCCUCUUAAGGCAUGA